UUUCAAGAUUAAGGGAGGGGGGGCCAUUCAUUUUAUUUACAAACUGGCGUAGUUGCGGCAUUGCACUCGCCACUGAAUCGUGGACAUCCGACAUGAUGGACGGCGGAGGCACAGAAUAUUUCAUGAAUAUCUUGUAUUCAGUGGCGGAGGCUUGUAGUCGUCGAACCCGAUGUCGGAUAAGGUAAACCACCAGAGGGCGCCCAAGCACCGCGCUUAUAAUAUUAUUAUGCUUCGACGCCGUUCACUGGUAAAGACAUUGUCGUCAGUGGUCGGUGGUCGGGGGGACGGACAAAAGCCGCGGGACAGCGCGACGGUGGAACGCUUCUUCCCGUGAACCAGGUGUAUGGUAUAAACCGAUUCAUUAUCAAUGGUAUAAAAUCUAACGCAAUCAGGCGACAUUCUCAAUUUUGCUAUAAUAUCCAGUAAUCAGUAUAUUAUUCUACUGAACUAAAUUGAAGUCUGGAAUAUCAAAAUCAAUUAAUUGUCGAAUUUCAAAAUAAAAAUUUAUCUCUUCGACGACUUGAUUCACAAUUGACAAUUAGAGAGUUGGAGUUACUAUUACGAUUUGAUCUUCCAAGAAUCAAUAAGGUUCAGCUUGAAAUUGCUCGAGACAAUUACCAUCUACAAAAAAACUAAAUGAACAAAUCAAAAAUGGUUAUUGGGAUCGCACACCAGAAGAAAAUUAUAGAUUAGAAAUGAUUAGAAAAAAUUUCAAUCCUGAUACAAAGAAUCUAAAGCAAAGAAAAGAUGAAAUUAUGUCGAAAAAGGAUGAUUUUUCACCAAUAAAAAUAUAAUUUUUUAUUUUCUUUUAGUUUGUUUAUUUGUAAUUAAUCAUAGUCUUUAAAAGUAUAAAUAUUACAAUUUUAAAAUGAAUUUAUUUUCUCAAUCUAAAUUAACAUUAAAAUUAAAAAAGCAAAACAGUAACAGUGCAUUACCUACUGAUUCUACAAAUAAAUGCCAAGAUUUAGCAACAAGUGAUUCUGUAAAAUCCGAGUAUAAUAAUUUACCAAAUAAUAGUUUGUUAUCUGAAAAUGAUAGUUUUGUAGAAAUGUUGCAUACUGUACGUCCUCAGGAUGAAAAAACAACUAUGUCACAAAGCGUUUUUAAAACAUCUCCAGUUCAAAAUGUACCUGACGUUAUAAAUGAAAGUAAACAAUGUCCAGUUUGUUUACAAAUGAUUGAUCUCAAAAAUUUCAUUAACCAUGUUAAAUCAUGUGGUACAUCACAUAAUUUAUCAUCUGAAGUACUUAUAAAAGCUGUGGAUCUUCAAGAGCGUCAAACAGCCGAAAGAGAAGCACUAGGACUACCUAAGUUAACAAAAAGUAGAGAUGUUAAAAUAAAAAAAAAGUGUACUAAACAAUCAAAGUUAAAGAUUGGAAAUGAUUCUAAUUUUGAUUUGGCUAUUGCUAUGUCUAUGUCUUUACAAGAGUCCAAAGAAGCUGACAUUAUAAAAGAAUCUGAAAACCUUUUAGAAGCAGGCUUAGAAGCCGAGGCCAUAGAAAAAAGAAAAACAUUGGAAAGCUUUGGUUUUAUAUCAAAUCAGCCAAUUAAAUCCAAAUCUAAGAAUUUUUAUAAAACCAAUUCUUUGUUAUUCAAGCAAACACAAGAAGAUCGCCAGAAAAGAAUUACUGAAAAAGUAGCAAUGAUUCUUAUAGACUGUGAUACAUUAUCACCAGAAACAUCGUUGAAUGACUGUCCCAAUAUAAAAUUAAGAUCCAAAUAUUUAAAUAAAAUAAGAAAUGCUGAUUGUGUACUCUGGAAAAAAUCAUUACUUGAAGAAGAUAAUGUAUUUGAAUUUUAUGUGAAAAAUGUGUCCAAGUUCUUAAGCCCCAGUGAAAGCAAUGGUUUACAAAAUAUUGUUCGAUUUCCUUUACAUGAAGAUACUAUAAAACAGGAACCAAAUACUACAGAUGAGGAAGUCAUUAAUACAUUACAUGCAGUUGUAGAUGAUUCAAAUGUUUUUAAUAAACACGUUACACGUCAUACAAUUGUUGGAAAUAAAACUAUGCCAGAAUAUUCAUCUAAGUGGAAAUCAAUGAUAGGUAGUCAGUUUAUGAGUGAUAUAACUAUCUUUUCCAAAGAUGAACAUGAAAUUCCUGCUCACAUUCUAGUGCUUCAUGUACAGUGCCCUGAUAUUUUAAAUGACAUUAUUACAGAAGAAUCUGAUACACAUAAAUCAAAAAAAAUGGUAAUGUGGUCUGAGUACACUUAUGAAGCAUGCAUGGCAUUCUUAGAACUGAUUUACUCUGGUCAAGAACAAUUAAUAAGUCCAGAGUACAGAAAAGAUUAUUUGCAUUUAGUAACAAAGUACAAUGUUCAAAUAGUUGUAAACGAUGAUGAUGGAAAACAUGGAUGGUUUUCUGAAGAAUAUGAUAAAGUAUCAAAACGUAAAAGUUCAGAAUUAUAUUCUACUGAUAAUAAAAGAUAUAGAGCUCACAGUCCAGAUAUGUUUAUGGCAGAUAAUACAAGUGAAGAAAUAGAUAAUAUGAGUUCUAAUUUUUUAGGAACAACUGUGAAUGAUGAAAAAUCCUUGAGUGUGUUGAAAACUAAACAGUGGUUGUACAAUUGUAACCUAAGUCAACGUCACAAUUCAUCAUUCACAGGAAAUUUAGAUAUUAAUGUUCUACCACAAACUAUUUCACCGAUGAAGAGUCCAGCUCAUUCUUUUCAUAGUGCAUCAACUGUACAUAUUCAACUAACGCCUACGUCUACUGAAAAUGAUUAUAAUAUGGACUCUGAAAGCAACGAUAUACAGAUUAGCUCAACAUUAGAUAUUAGAAAGGUAUCCCCCAAAUUAUUAUCAGUGGAUGAAUCAAGCAUGAAAGCAGACUUAAAGUUGAAUAACAUCAAAAACGUCCCUACUGAUUUAGAAAUUCCUUCGGAUAAAAUUUCUACACUUACUAAUUCUCAUAAAGAACCAGAAUUAAUUACAAUCGUCAGUGAUAGUGACAAUGAAUCGAUAGAUAUGAUUUUGUCUCGUUAUAAUGGUACAUCUCAUGAUAGAAGUAUUAAUCUAUCAAAUGAAAACUAUUGUAGACCUUUUCAAGCAAGCGUUAAGAGAAUGAAAAAUAUAUUUCCAUUUAACUCAGUUGAUAAAAGUAAUGCUAUAAGUGUUAUUGAGUUAAAUGAUAGUAGCUUAGAUUCAAUUCAUUCAGUUAGUACAAAUAUAGUACAUCAAAGAAAUUGCAAUACUAAAUUUGGCAAUUCUUUUGUUAACAAGUCCACUACUUCAACAUCAAGAACUAAGACAUUCAUAAAUAUUGAUGAUGAAAUUUCCACUGUACCAAUGUUUCCUUUCACAAAUAGUACUAAUGCUCAAAUUCCAUCUUCAAGUAAUACAAAUUUUAUAGACCUAAUAAAUGAUAGUAGCUCAGAUUCUAUCUUUACAAUUGAUAAGAUAAAAAAUGACAGUUUAUUGACAUCAUUUUCAACAUUGCCAUUGAAUGAUAAUGCUCAACAAAAUUGUCAAAAUUGUUCAACUCCCCUUGCAAAUGUACUGAGGAAAAUGAAUUCUCCAAGUCAUGACAAUUUAGCUACAAAAUUUGAAACAGACAAUUGUGUAUCGAAUGCGUCACCAUUAAAAGAAGAUGCCAUGAGGUCAAAUUGUUCAUAUCCAAUUAGCGAUGGAGAUUAUUAUGCAAACAGUAAUACAAAAACAAAUGAAGACUUCUGUUCAACAAAUUUUUCAAGCAAUACAAUUUUAUCUAAAUGUAGUAAUUCAAAAUUAUUAUCUAAAUCUACUGAGCAAUUAUUUCAAUGUAACGAUAUGCCAUCGACAUUUUUAAACACUUCACCAAUCAAUAAUGUAGAAAACAGUGAUAAUAUCAGUAAUACAAUAUGGUCCGAUAAGAAAAAUAUAAAAUCACCUUCUAAUAAUUAUGUCGAUUCUCUAGUAAACAUAAAAGAACCUGUUGAUUUAACUACAUGUUUAUUAAGUGAAUACAUGCAUACUUCAUUUAGUUCUCAAACUGAAACUGUUCAACUACCUAAUACAUCACAAAUAACUACAUCAAAUGAAAAAGAUGAUGAUCAAAAUAAAUCAUCCUAUGAACAAAUAAUUGACGAUCCGUGGAUGGACUAUAAUGAUUGGCAACCAGUUAAUAUUAGUCCUCAAUAUGUGUCACCAGUUUUAUCGGAAAAAAAUUCUCCGGUCUUAGUAAAUGACUCUGAAGUAUUAUCAACACCUCAAAAAAUAGUAAAUCAUAUUAAUAUGGAUUUACAAACUUCUCCACCAAUUAUUUCAAGUAAUGUCGUUAUAGUAAAUCAUCAAAUGAAAAAUGCAGUAACACCAAAUAAAUACGGCAGUAGAAUAAGUACUCCAAAGAGUUUACGCAGGGUUCAAUCAGAAUCUGUCAUUGGAACUAAUGGACAAAUAUCACCUUUGCCAAAUUUUAGUGCAAUGAAAACACCAGAUUUAAGAAAAGAAUUUGAACGUUAUGGGCUUAAAGAUCUCGGAAGGCGCAAAGGAAAACUUAUAUUAAGACAUAUCUAUGAUGUAACUCAUCCUAAAUAUGAUUCUGAAGAAGCAAAAUGUGUUGGAGACUCUGAACAGUAUUCUGAUUCUUCAGAUAGUUCAGAACCUGGAAUGCCUUAUUAUGAAGCUGGAGAUUACGACGAACUGGAAACUUUUAGUCAAACAAAUUUAUCAAAUAAAACUUCAAUAGAUAUGGGUUUUAAAGAUUUGCUCAGAGUCAAUGAAGAUCUUCAUAAAAAGAUUUUGUGUUAUGAACCUAUAUGGAUUGAAGAACUGAAAGAUGAUUUAAAACAGUACAAUGUAAACAUUAGUAUGCAAAAACUCAUGACGUUCUUGGAUGAUAAAGUAAAAUAUUUAUUAAAAUUUAAAAUUGUGUGUCAUUUCGUUCCAAGUCAAUAAAUGAUCAGAGGAAAAAAUUAGCAGCAAAAAAAAAUACCAAAAGAAAGAAAUUAUUUUAAAUUAUUGAAUUGUUACUGUGUUUUUUGACAUAUUUUCUUGUUUGUAUAAUAUUGGUGUUAAAUAAAUAAUUGAUGUAUUAUAAUGUAUUUAUCAUUUAUUAGUUAUAAAAAAUAAUAAUAAAAACCAAUUACAGUCAUAAAUAA